UUAAUGUCAAAAAUUCAAGCCUGUUAUAAUUUUGCAUGUUUUAUAACUGUCGUAUAUAAAAACGCUAAUCCGGACAUUGCGGUCCGUCUUCCGUUAAUUUUAUUUCAAAUUAGACACCACCGUGGUACUUCCUUUUAAUCACUGUUUUUGAAGAAAGCGAGGACGACAAAUAUUUUGAGGCUGCAAUUUUCAAGUUAGCAGGAGUAAAAGAUACCAAAGGUGGUAGGUUAAAGGUAUUGAGGUGGCGCCAUGCCGAGACAAGGCCGAGCAAGGGGAAAAGCCAGGGGUCGUGGGUUGCCCUACACAAGGAAUGCCCAACAGAUUCCGGUUGUGCCUCCCGUCCAGCCUCAACCUCCGGUGGUACAGCCCCAGGCCCAGAUGGAACCUGCUGUCAUCCCGGGCAAUCUACAGGAGCCUUCAACGGCCAUGGUCGAGUCUCUCAUCGAGAGAAUCACCCCCAUAAUUAUGCAGCAGGUAGCACAAGGUACUGAGUCAGGUUUAGUGACAUCUGUAUUAACACACUCUGUUGGGCAAGUGAUGAGUUACACAGAUAGGUUGGAUUGGGGUAUAGAUGUGGCAGUAAGGGCUAAAAUUAUGAAGGGUGAUUAUGUUGACUUAAGUCACCUGCUUAGAAAGCCAGGGGAGGUUAAUUCAGAGGAUAAACAGUUUUGUGUGGUUGAUGGGGCUAUUUUAAUAAAAGAGAAGAAAAGUCGAGUCAAAAUAACUGAUUUGGAUAUGUGGACUGAUGCAUUCUUGAAAUAUAUGUCGGUUUAUGUAUUGGCUAACCCAGAAGCAACACAAGGGAUGUUGAAGUAUAUGCAUAGUGUGCGGCUGGGGGCAAAGAGAGUUGGUGGUUUAACUUGGUACGAUUAUGACGUGCAGUUUAGGCUUAAGAAGGAAGCAAACCAAAGUAUAGACUGGGGGUGUUGGACCAGGAACUAUGGUUAAUGUACAUGUAUUCUGGUAAUAAGGUGCAGGGUCCUAAGGUAAAUGUGCAGAGGGCCACUAUGAAAUCUGGACCGAAGUGUUACGAGUUCAACAACACAGGUAGUUGUAAAAGGUCGUUUUGUAAAUUUGGGCACUUUUGCAUUGAAUGUUCAGGUAAUCACCCUAAAUAAGGUGUUAUUCUACCUCUAGGUUC